GUUUAGAAAAUAACUUUUCUACUAAAGCACUGUUAAAAUGGCCAACCAGGCAGCCAAGAAGGCGCAGCGCGCCAGCGCGUCACUCAGCUCGCGGCUGCAGCAGUGGAUCGUGCCCAUCAAUGUGCUUUACUUCCUGUACUGCAUCGUGUGGCACUACAGCUCGGUGACCACGUGGACGCUCGUGGGUUACGCCUUCCUGUCAUUGUCCACCUACCUCAGUUACUCAUGGGUCGUCGGUGCAGCUGAAGAAGGAGGCAGUAGCGAAUACGCGAUGGACGUUCUGAUCAUCACGCUCUUCGUGCAAGCCGGACUCCUGAUCUCCAGCUACUUCUGGCUUCUGUACCUCGUCAUUCCCGGCUACUUGCUGUACCAUGGCGGUCGCAUGUUGCUUAACUACGUCUUCACACCAGACCCGACGGACGAGGACGACCCUGCUGCCUUGAAGAAGAAAGAGAAGGCCGAACGCAAAGCUGCACGCCCCAAAUUCCGACACGGCCGUCGAUAGAUGGACAAGUCGUCCCUAGAGCCGAUGGAAGGAAACUUGGCAAAUUUGUGAUUCAAUUUUACAAUUGCGAGAUACUUCAUUUAACCAAUACAAAAAAAAACUCUCACAAUAUUUCAAAUUUUCCAAGGCGGACGAGCACGUCCUGAUCCUGUGGAAGAGGAUGAACAGGAAGUUUGACGAGGUGUGCCGGGCUUCGCUACU